UCGCUAUUGUAUCUCGUAUUUAGCGGAAAGCCUGCAGCAUUUUUUCUCCAUAACGUUCUCCUCUAUUCUCUCCCUGUGUUUGUGAAGAGCGAAGCUGAGCUGUUCUUUCAUGGCUGCACGAGCGCUGAUCUGAUCUGAUUUUCCACGUUUUUCUGGUGGAUUUCAUUUAUUUUCCAUUUCUCUCUUUGGACUUCACUAUUUUGGACUUGCGCUUUCUUCAUGUCCAUGUUGAGCCAUGCAGCCUCCGCCGAGAAAGGUCAAAGUCACGCAGGAGCUGAAGACCAUUCACACAGAGCAGCUCACCAGACUGCACUAUAAACACCAGACUGAAUGCGACUUACUGGAAGACAUGAGGACAUACAGUCAGAAGAAGGCAACACUGGAGAGGGAGUAUGCACAGGCUCUGCAGAAGCUGGCCAAUCAGUAUUUGAAGAGAGACUGGCCUGGCAUCAAACCAGAUGACCAGAGAAAUGACUACAGCCUUGCUAGAGAAUGUGGAAAAGCUUUGCAGACUGACUUCCUCUGCUGCAGGAAUGUGUACGGGGUGUGGAGGGCAUAUCUAGAGGGCACAGUGGAGGUCAACCAGACUCGACUUUACAUUUGUGACAACUACAAGAACGAGAUCUCGGACCCUGCCAAAACUGUACGCCUUUACAAAGAGCAGCAGCUCAAGAAGUGCAUCGAACAAUUGGGCCGGAUCCAGGCUGAACUCCAAGACUCUGUGAAGGACCUGGCAAAAUCCAAGAAGAAGUACUUUGAGCUGGAGCAGAUGGCUCAGGCCGUCCGGGAAAAAGCAGACAUCGAGGCCAAGUCAAAGCUGGGCCUGUUUCAGUCCAGGAUUAGUUUACAGAAAGCAAGUGUCAAGCUCAAAGCCAAGAGGAGUGAUUGCAACUCCAAAGCCACCCAUGCCAGAAACGAAUACCUUCUUACACUUGCAGCGGCCAACGCACAUCAGGACCGCUACUACCAGGCCGAUCUGUCCAGUUGUAUCAAGGCUCUGGAUGGAAGUGUGUACGAACACGUGAAGGAUUAUCUGAUGUCUUUUUGCCGGACAGAGUUGGAAGCAUUCCAGGCCGUUCACAACACUUUCCAAUUUCUGCUGGACAAGUCCAGUCGAGUCGGGCAGGACUUCAAUCAGCAGCUGUUUCUUCAGGAGAACCCCGUUUUCCACAAAGCACAGGACUUUCAGUUCCAACCAUGUGACAGUGACACAACUAUGAGCUCCGUGCAGCAGUUGGUGGACAUUGAGCCAUCGGCAGUCAGUGUGAUGAGAAUGACCUUGGCCCAGAGCCGGCAACUGGAGUCGGAGACUGGCACCACGGAGGAGCACAGCCUCAACAAAGAGGCCAGGAAAUGGGCGACACGUGUAGCCCGAGAGCACAAAAAUAUCAUUCACUAUAAACGGGCACUAGAGGAGUGCGAGAGACAGGGAACUCCUCCUACAGAACAGAGCCGCAACGACCUCGAGUUCAAAAUAGAGGAGGCCAGAGAGCACAUUCGUAAAGCUGAGACUGUGAAGCUAAAAGCAGAGGCUCGACUGGACCUGCUCAGGCAGGUCGGCGUUUCCGUGGAUACGUGGCUAAAGAGCGCCAUGAACCAAGUAAUGGAGGAGCUGGAGAACGAGCGCUGGGCAUCACUGCCCACCCUCACUACCCAUGAUCCCACACUUUCAACCACGGUGGACUUGGACCGAGACGAAGGAGAGGAACUGGAGGAGAACAUGGAGCAAUUUGAUGAUAGCAGCUCUAGUCCCUCAGGAACACUGAGGAACUAUCCACUCACCUGUAAAGUUCUUUACUCUUACAAGGCAUCUCAGCCGGACGAGCUGACCAUCGAUGAGCAUGAGAUGCUGGAGGUCAUAGAGGAUGGAGACAUGGAAGAUUGGGUCAAAGCACGGAAUAAGGCGGGUCAUGUAGGCUAUGUACCUGAGAAGUACCUGCAGUUCCCCUCCUCCAACAGCAUACUGAGCAUGCUCCAAUCGCUCACUGCCUUGGACUCACGCUCACACACAUCAAGUAACUCCACUGACCCUGAGCUGGCCUCAGGCAGCAUUAACGGUGACGCCAGUAUGAGUUUUGCAAAGGCCAUAUACGACUAUGAAGGCCAGACAGAUGAUGAGUUGUCCUUCCCAGAGGGUGCCGUUAUCCGUAUCCUUAAUAAAGACAAUCAGGAGGAUGAUGGAUUCUGGGAAGGCGAGUUUAACGGACGAGUAGGAGUCUUUCCAUCAGUCCUGGUGGAGGAUCUGACCGCAGAAAACGGAGACGCACACUGGGCUUUGGAUACUCAGGUGUCAUCGUGUGUGAAACUACAGUCAUCUUUGCCUCCUUUACCCCUCUACGAUCAACCCCCCUGCACUCUGGACUGUACCCCCACCCUCAACCUGCCCCGCUCACCAUCCGUCAACGGAGAGCACAAGCAACCUGGCUUGCACAAAGCCCUGACACACAAUCACAGUUCUGGUGUGAGUCCAGAAAGUCCAGGCUUUCCCCAACCACCGAGAUUCACACCUGAUGCAUCUGGCUCGGGAAAACUGCGACCUGUCCGUGCUGCUCCGCCUCCUCCAAAACAACACUCUCGCAGACAAGUGGACAAAACAGAGGAAGUAGAGAUCACGCUUGUCUAACAGCAACGCUCUUUUCUUUAGAGGACUCAUCUACAUUUGACCUCAAGUUCCUACUGGCUUCAGUGGGGUUGGGCUUUCUACCCACCCCUCCAGCACUCUGAACAAGGUGGACUGCAUUUCAAAGACUCCUCCCUGCUAAUCCUGGAAGCACCUCUUAUGGCGUCACAGACUGUUUGGUGCCUUUUAACCCUUUUCAUGCCAAAACCAGUCAUUGUGUUUGUAUUUGUAAAGCCAAAAUUUUGUAGCAUUCCCAGUUACAAAUGCUGUGCUCUACAAAUUUAAGAUGGCAGAAAUAUAAAAAGUAAUAAAGCCUGGUUGGUUAACUUGCACAUAUAUCUGUCCAGCAGGCUCUUCAACAGCAGCAAAUGCAAUAUCCAGAGGUUACUGAGGGAUUUACAGGGGCAUGUUUGGUGUACAGUGGGUGUGGGUGAUUAAGUUUGCCCCGUCUUCAGCCACGCGUAGUCCUACCAUACGUAUUUAAUGUUGUAUUAGUACAGUACAUUACUGUUGUCAUAGGAAUGUUCAGAAUAUGUGCAACAUUUCUUCAUAUAUUGUAACAGUGGAUGCUUUUUUAAAUAUAAAGGAACAAUUGAGGAUAAAGGCAGUUGUGUAUAAAAGGGUAAACUGGUGAGGUAGGAAGGGGUAAAAGGAAGUUCAAGAGAAUGAGGGCUGGAUCCUUCAUUUUCUUUUUCCUCACCUGUCGCUCCUCUAGCCAACACAGUACUCCUACAUAUUGUGUUAAUCCGAGUACAGUACUAAUUACAUCAAUAACAGCCUCUCAGCUCGUCCUGAAGAAGACUGCCAUUUGUACGUAUUAACUAAUAUUUAGUCGUCAAAAGGAAGACAGUGAAUGGAGGGUUUUUUGGGGGGGGUUUUGGCAUGUGUUGUCCCUGGGGCGAGCCUUCAGCCCGUUAUCAUGUGGUCUAAACUGUUUGCAAAUGCCAAUCAAUAUUGCAAGCAUUAUUUAAAGUGCUUCAUUUUUCUUCCUAAUUCUUAUCUUUCUCAUCACAAUAGCACCGCCUCAAUCUAAUGGAGUGUGUUGGCAGAUGGGUCCUGGCCAUUUCAUACUAAUUAGCAUCCUAAGUGCUUUUUCUUUUGUACAAGGAGAAGCUAUUUUUUCUAUUUUUCAUACAUUGAAUAGUAUUGUUCUUCUAGAAAAAUCAUAAUUCAUUCAAAUCAGAUGGUCAGUUCCCAUUUCAUUCUGAAGUACUGAAUGCCUAUCAUUAUUAUUAUUAUUAUUAUUAUUAUUUCAAUUAUUAUCAGCUUAUAUCUGUAUUAUUAACCAUAUCUUAACUAGGCAUGUGCUGAAUUUCUUUUUAAGUAAUAACAUUUGCCUGACCUCCAUUAUUGCAUAUAUACUACAUAAUAUGUCCACUAUGUUUCUCACACUUUCACAUAUGGGGGGGAAAAAAAACAUUUUUAUAGCAUCACAAAAGGUACUCCUUUAAAUCCAUGUUUGGAAAUCUUAAAACAGGAAGAAAGAAGUAACUGGCGUUUGCAUGUACUUUCAAAUAAUUUGUUAGUCAGCCAGAUGACGGACUAACCUGACAAAAUUUCUGUAAGGAUUUUGAAAUCAUAUCCAUGAAAGUUCACAGUAAUCACAGCUAAUGCUAGUUGGCUGAGUAAAUAUGAGCUAACCUGACUGGAGUUCUGAGAGGAUUUUGAAUUCAUAUCAAUAGAUAUUCACCAUAUUCACAUCUAAAACUAGUUAGCUGGUAUAAUAAGAACUAUUCUGACUGAAAUUAUUGAAUUCAUAUCCAAAAAUGUCCACAGUAUUCAUAUGUAGCACUUGUUAGCUGGCUAAGAGCUAACCUGACAGGAUUUCUUCUGUGAAGUUCAUAAGCAUUCAAACUAUUUCCAUACUAGCUGGCAAAAUAUGCUAACUUGACAGGAUGUCUGAGAAAGCCUUACCUUUUUGAGUGCAAUCAUAAAACAAAUUUUGUGGACCAGGUAUGCACUCAGAAACAUUCUGUUCAGAAUCAUAUCUUUGAUUGUGGCCUGCUUUUCUAAAAAUGACACAAUACUCUUUUACGUUUAACCAAGGUAUCAGCACAUGCCUAUGUUCAACGGCAUAGAGCGAAUCUCAGCACUUUUCCAAAGCUGUAUGGCUUUUUACCUGACUUUUAGUCUGCAUCCCAUCAAAGGACCCUUGUGUAGCAUAGCUGCCUAAAUAUGUGUGUGGGUUUUUGUUUUGUUCUGUUUUGUUUUUAAAUUCAGUGUUUUAUACCCUAGUGGUUUUGUCUGCUAAAGACUUCUGUCCUGCUAUUUAUUCUUUUCCUCCAGGAGUAAGAAAUCACCCAUUUUCUAGAGAUUAGUAUUACUGGUGUUAUAACAAUAAAAUAAUGUCACCUUAAGUAAAGUUAACAAUGUCACCUUGAAAAUGGUGCAUGUAAAGAUUUUUUUUAUUAUUUUUUCUUUUUUUUUUUUUGGGGGGGGGGUCAGAUAUGUGUAGGUUUUGGAGUUUCUUUCAGUAGAGUGGACAAAUUAGGCAUAUCUGCCCUUAUGUCUUUUUGUUGCAGCCUGUUUUUGUGUUGAUCUCAUUGAGAUCUUUUAAAUGUUAUCAAACUUGUUUUGAAGUUUAUGGCCCAUCAUUUCAGAAAGAUCCUCUCAGAGAUUGGCUUUUUUUUUUCUUCUUUCCCAGUUUCCUUUAAAACAGUUUUUGCUUCAUCCACAUACACGUCAUUUUAUUUUUAAAUGCCUUUUAUUUUAUUUGAAAGACAAUGCUAGAAAAAGAUGAUGUAAUAUCAUUGAACUGUUGCUGAAGUGGAAGUAACAGAACAGGUCAAGACAUUUCUUUCUGCAUAUUAAUAGCUGUAAAGUAAUUUGUAUUUAUUGUGUACAAAUGUUAAAUAAAAAAAAUGAGAAAAUUA